GAUGCGAACGGACGCGUCGCUCUAGAGAUACAAAACAGAGUAGAGAAAAAGAUACAAAGAUACAAAACCCAGAGAAAGGGAAAACGUGUACUAUACCAGACCGCGUGUGACAAUCAGACGAAGAAAACAUUUGAAAACAAAUCCAACAUGGUCUUGAACGGCAUGCCCAUCAAUAUGCCCGUGGCCAUACCCGUGCCCAUGCCCGUGCCCAGUCCUCCGGCCACCAAGUCUCGCGUGGCCCUCGACUGGGACAUCAACGACUCCAAGAUGCCGUCGGUGGGGGAGUUCGACGACUUCAGCGACUGGGCCAACGGCCACUGCCGGCUCAUCUACUCCGUCCAGAGCGAUGAGGCCAGAAAGCAUGCCAGCGGCUGGGCCAUGCGCAACACCAACAACCACAACGUGAACAUCCUGAAGAAGAGCUGCCUGGGAGUGCUCCUCUGCAGUGCCAAGUGCAAGCUGCCCAACGGGGCCAGUGUUCACCUGAGGCCCGCCAUCUGCGACAAGGCCAGGAGGAAGCAGCAGGGCAAACAGUGUCCCAAUAGAAACUGCAAUGGGCGCCUGGAGAUCCAGGCCUGCCGCGGCCACUGCGGCUAUCCAGUCACACACUUCUGGCGAAGGGACGGCAAUGGCAUCUACUUCCAGGCCAAGGGAACCCAUGAUCACCCCAGACCCGAGGCCAAGGGAUCAACGGAGGCCAGACGCCUCCUGGCCGGAGGAAGACGUGUGCGCAGCCUGGCCGUGAUGCUGGCCAGGGAAUCGGCUCUGAGCGAUAAGCUGAGCAGCCUGCGACCCACCAAGCGACAGGCCAAGAUGCAGCCCAUGCAGGAGAGCAAGCGCAGGAGAAUGGGUGACCCCGAGGUGACCCAAGCCAGCCAGGAGUUAAUGGGAUCAACCGGCUAUCUGCCCACAUCGACGCCCACACACAGCACCAGCUACAAUCAGACUCAGGGAUCAUACGGCUCGACAGGAUCGGGUUCAGGAUCAGGAUCGGUGCCCAGUCAGUGGAACGGCGAGAUCUACUACGAACCGGAGGGAACGUCCUAUGCCAAUGGAAUGUACGCCUACGACAUGCUCCACUCGCCGCUCUCCGCGCACAGUUCCACAGGCAGCUACUACCAGGAGAACCUCCCGCAGCAGUUGCAACAUCCUCAUCCGCAGCAGCAGCAACUCUCCCCGCAGCAACAUGUGCCGGCUGGCUACGAUCAGACCAUCCCCUCCAGCUUCCAGUGCGGUAUGCCCCUGUACGAGAGCUGCGACGACACCUCCAGCUUGACCAGCAGUUCGGGCUACAGCUCCGAGGACUACAGCUACUUCAAUGGAUAUCUGCCCAACUCGCUGGAUGUGAGCAACGGCAGCCAGAGCCAAAAUCCCAGCCAGGAUGGGGGAUUGUACACCACCAGCUCGGAGAUCUUCAGUGUGUUCGAAUCGACCCUGAACGGAGGCGGCGGUGCCAGCGCCAUGGAUCUCCUCUAUGAGGGAGCCUCUGCCUACGGCCACAAUCAGCAGCCCCAGGAACAGGCCAGCUUCCUGCCCCUCGCCAGCUACCAGCAGGAUCAAGCGCAGGAUCAGCUGCAGACCGCCGACUACUUCUACAGCAACUCGGGAGUGGACAACGGGUGGAACAUCCAAAUGGACGCGACAUAUCACCCGGCCACCAGCUCGGAUCCCGUCUACUGCUAGGUGGGAUCGGGACGAGGGGGCUGUGGCCCCCGCCCCCAAGGAUCUCUCGUCGCAACCACUAUUACUGAGCCACUCAAGCGUUGUUCUAGUCCCUAGUUGAUUUCCACUCAUGUUCCCAUUGCUUGUUGGUCCUAUUAUUACGUAUGAAAUAUUGUAUUGAACGUUUCUAGUUUGUACUCCUGUACUUGUUUCCCAGCUAUUCCAAAGUUUUAGCGCAUGUAAGAACAAUAAUUGUAACUUUAAACUGUAAGCCCGUAGAUUGUUAAGUCACAUUUCCCACCUAUUUAUGCAUUUUUGUGUAGUAAUAAACAUUUUUCAAAAAAAGAGGAAAUCAAGUAGCCUUUGUCGAUUGGUGUCAGACUUGGGAAAGGGAGACUGAAGUUUUAGCCAGUAUAUUUUCUGUAACGACACGAGAAACAUCUAAAAAUAUUCGGAGCCAAAGAAAACACAGAGAAAUUUGCUGGUCAACAAAACACUUUUAAAAUGAACCGUAGAGGAGGCAGAAACAAUAUGCCUUGGAUGCAGCGUCAGGCAGCAGCCAUAAUCAACAGUCGAGCCAUGCGAAACUUUUUGAGCCGGCAGCGUUUUCAGAUAGUUCCUCCGGGAAGAUCUCGCAGCUCGAGGACACUGAGGUCCGGGGGAAGUUCGGCUAAUGGUCGCCGCAGGGGGAAUCCUUCUACUAAUAGAAACGGGGGGAGUUCGCGUAGGAGGAGUGGUCGACGUCGACGGGCCCGUGGAUCCCAGUUGGAGGCGGAACUGCCUGAACGAAACAUUCGAGUUAAUAUUGAUCCCAUGCAAGUACUCUUCGCGUUCAAUCAACUGCUUUCAUGGUGCCGUGAGCCAACUCGCUUGGCGCUACAGGUCGCAACAUCUGAGGAGAACUUAGUCUUUACGCUUACCCCAAAUCCGGAAGCUCAGGAAGAGGAAGAUGCCGAGGAAGAAGAUGGCGAAGAUCCAGAUGACGGGGAUCAAAACUCAAAUGAAUGUGCCGGUGGUCAGUGCACUAAUGAAAGUGCCAAUAACCAGAGUCCACAACAGGAGGUUCAGAGCUCCAAUGAAAACACCAAUGAUCAAAGCACACGUCAGGAUGUUCAAGGCUCCGUUGAAAAUUCCACUGGUCAAGGGGAGCAGAUAGCUGACCGAGUUGCCGAUGAUGAAAAUCGGAAAAGUAUCUAAGAGUACGAUAACCAAUGAAAAGAAUCUCUAUCUAGAUUAACUCGGAUUACAAUAACCCAUACAUUGUACAUUGUAAGCUUUUGUAAAAAAUAAAGUUGUCUCCCCAAGCA